CUUAUCCUUCCUCUAUUCUUGACAUGGAGCUUGAGCUUAGUCUGGGGGAUUCUCGAGCUCCAGCAAAGAGCACUUUCAUGCCUGCACUGACUCCUAUACACGCAGGUGAAGGAGAAGGCCAUGAGCUUGUGCUAGAGCUAGGAGUAGGGACUGCCAAAAGAGCUGAACAGGACAAUCAAAAGACGGUCGUGCAAGCAGAAGCUGUGCAGGAGGAAGAAGAAGAAACAUGCUCAUACAACGAGUCACCUGUCGAGCUGAGCCUCGUCUGCCCUUUGCUGCCUGCCUCGACAGAAAUAGGGACCGUGUAUUCAGAGGUGUGCGGACGAGGAUCUGAUGUGAACACUGUUCUGGUGGAUGGAGACACAGCACAAGGAAGAUCUUUGUCAACUUCGUCCUUGGCUUUGGAGGUUCCUGUUCGGCAGACAGCUGAUCAGGAAGCUGCAGAGGAUGCGGAGAUUAGUGGGGUUGGCGGGGGAACGAGGAAGAAGCUGAGGCUGUCCAUGGAGCAGUCUGCGUUCCUGGAGGAUAUCUUUAAGGCACACAGCACACUUUCCCCAAAACAGAAGAGUGAUUUGGCGAACCGGCUUAGCCUUCGACCGCGCCAGGUGGAGGUCUGGUUUCAGAACAGAAGAGCGAGAACUAAGCUAAAGCAAACGGAGGUGGACUGUGAGUACUUGAAGCGUUGCUGCGAGAACCUAGCACAGGAGAACCGAAGGCUCCAGAGGGAGGUAGCAGAGCUGCGUGCCCAGCGUAUUUCCAACACCGCUGCCUACACGUUUUACGGCCAUCAUCUGCCUGCAUCAGGGUUCAGCACAGCCCGAGUGUGUCCCUCAUGUGAUAAAAACAAGGGCACAGCUCACUACACUGCUAUCAGCGCACCAUCAGCAGUAGUGACACCACCAUCGGCGGUGUCCACCACCUUGUUCGCCAGGCCUCACUUCGGACCCUUCACCAUCCACCCACUGCUCCGCCGCCAGCCGUCGGCGACCUCCUGAUAUGAUGCCCAAAAUAAAGCUCUGAUCUAUAUAUCUCGGUGUGCGUAAAUGUAGACUGCUUGUACUGUAAAUACAUAGUACGGAGUAGUAGUUACUUCUGUUCAACCAUGAUCAAAAUGAUUAUAAAGCAAGUAUUAUGGUGGGCUGUAAGCUGGCUAAAUGCUGAUGUGGAGGAGAGAAGGGAGAAGAGAGAGGAGAAGCAGACUGUAAGCUUACAGUCAACUUAGACACAAGAACCAAGAAACUUUGUGAGAGAGAUAAGUGGGCUAUGUAUUAAUAGUGAAUAGGUAACUGUUGUAUGGGUGGGCUGUAUUAUUAAACUUGCUCUUAGAGAUGGAUGCAUAUGUAGUAGUGUAAGCUUGUAUAAUUAAAAAGAUAGGCAUAUACACGUUGUAAAAUGUAGAUGAAGAAAAGUAGACCCGACAAAUCGAUGUCACGAUGAUGUAAAUGGACAUGUGUGUUCCAUCUAGGCCAGCAGAUCCCUAGAUUUUCUGUGGUUGCGUAAUUGACUCUGCGGAGCUUGUCGCUGUACCUUAUGAUAAGGUUUGCAGAAAAGUAUUUCAUCCGGCCGGGCAUGGUAAAUCUA